CGUCGGGCCGCCGUGGCGUCGGGCCCUGGGCCAAGCCGGGGGUGGGGGCUCGAGGCGCCUCCGCGGCCGUGGACGAGCGUCCGUGCGGCCUGGUCCGGGCCAUGUCCGUGUGAGGACCCUGCCGCCGCCGCCGCCGCCGCCGCCGCCGCUGCUUCCGUUUCGGCCCCUGGCCCCUGCCCGGCAGCGCCGCUCACCAUGGGCUCCAUUCUCAGCCGCCGCAUCGCGGGGGUGGAGGACAUCGACAUCCAGGCGAACUCGGCCUAUCGCUACCCUCCGAAGUCCGGAAACUACUUUGCUUCGCACUUUUUCAUGGGAGGAGAGAAAUUUGACACCCCCCACCCUGAAGGUUACCUCUUUGGAGAGAACAUGGACCUGAAUUUCCUGGGCAGCCGCCCAGUCCAGUUUCCCUACGUCACUCCUGCCCCUCACGAGCCCGUGAAGACGCUGCGGAGCCUGGUGAACAUCCGCAAAGACUCCCUCCGGCUGGUGAGGUACAAAGACGACGCUGACAGCCCCACCGAGGACGGCGACAAGCCCCGGGUGCUUUACAGCCUGGAGUUCACUUUCGACGCUGAUGCCCGUGUGGCCAUCACCAUCUACUGCCAGGCGUCGGAGGAGUUCCUGAACGGCAGGGCAGUAUACAGCCCCAAAAGCCCCUCACUACAGUCCGAGACCGUCCACUACAAGAGAGGGGUGAGCCAGCAGUUCUCCCUGCCCUCCUUCAAGAUCGACUUCUUGGAAUGGAAGGAUGACGAGCUGAACUUUGACCUGGACCGAGGCGUGUUUCCAGUGGUCAUCCAGGCUGUGGUAGACGAAGGAGAUGUGGUGGAAGUGACCGGCCAUGCCCACGUGCUCUUGGCCGCCUUUGAAAAGCACAUGGACGGCAGCUUCUCUGUGAAGCCUUUAAAGCAGAAGCAAAUCGUGGACCGGGUCAGCUACCUCCUGCAGGAGAUCUAUGGCAUCGAGAACAAGAACAACCAGGAGACCAAGCCCUCGGACGAUGAGAACAGUGACAACAGCAAUGAGUGUGUGGUGUGCCUGUCCGACCUGCGGGACACGCUGAUCCUGCCCUGCCGCCACCUGUGCCUCUGUACCUCCUGCGCUGACACGCUGCGCUACCAGGCCAACAACUGUCCCAUCUGCCGGCUGCCUUUCCGGGCCCUCCUGCAGAUCCGGGCGGUGCGGAAGAAGCCAGGAGCCCUGUCCCCCGUGUCCUUCAGCCCUGUCCUGGCCCAGAGCCUGGAGCACGAUGAGCACUCUUGUCCCUUUAAAAAAUCAAAGCCGCACCCCGCCUCCCUGACCAGCAAGAAACCUAAAAGGGAAACAAGCUCUGACAGCGUCCCACCUGGCUACGAGCCCAUCUCGCUGCUUGAGGCGCUCAACGGCCUCCGGGCUGUCUCCCCGGCCAUCCCCUCGGCCCCUCUUUAUGAAGAAAUCACCUAUUCAGGCAUCUCGGACGGCCUGUCCCAAGCCAGCUGUCCGCUCGCCGCUAUUGACCACAUCCUGGACAGCAGCCGCCAGAAGGGCAGGCCGCAGAGCAAGGCCCCCGACAGCACCUUGCGGUCCCCGUCUUCCCCCAUCCAUGAAGAGGAUGAGGAGAAGCUCUCUGAGGACGUGGACGCCCCUCCCCCACUGGGUGGUGCAGAACUGGCCCUGCGGGAAAGCAGCUCCCCUGAGAGUUUCAUAACAGAAGAGGUUGAUGAGUCGUCGUCACCAAAGCAAGGGACCCGAGCGCCUUCCAUUGAGAACGUCCUGCAGGACAGCAGCCCUGAGCGCUGUGGCCGAGGCCCACCUGCUGACAUCUACCUGCCAGGAUGGCCCACCUCCAUGGAGAUGGCCCACGGCCUCGGCACCACCAGCCCCACCUGGCCUCCACUUGGUGGCCCCAGCCCCGAUCCCAGCACCGCCGAGCUGACCCCACUCUGAGAGCCUGGCCGAACUGGCAGCAUGGAGUCCUCAGCUCCCCAGACUUUGCCGAGGGGCUGCCCCGGACCCCGGUGUUAGCCGGCCUCUCCUGUCUGCAUGCCCCCUGUGGCCACCAGGCUCCAAGGGGCCAUGGUGACCCUUGAUCAAAGAGCACAGUGGACUGUUCCCUCCAAGUCUCCCUUUUCUACAGUUGAUAUAUUUGUAACUGGUACAAGAUGAAGGACAGCAGCUUUCCAUCCCUCGUUCAGAGCCCUGGUUCCCCAGGGUCCCGCGGGCUGAGCGGCUGGGGCUGGGGCUGCCCACGUGCGGCCUGUGCUGGCUCUGCCUGCCCCCGCAACACUGGGGUCACUGCCCCAAGAACUCAGCAGACCUGCAGAAGAGAUUUACCAGUGGUUGAAGCACUGUCUUCACAGAUGUUCAGGGGCAGUGGGGGGCUCCAGGCACGGUCAAUGAAGGAAACAGUGCCUGUCCGCCCACCCUGCGUCUCACUGUGGCGACCUGGCUGUCGCUGCUUUUUGUCCUCUGCCGUGUUUGCGUGGCCUCAGUGCCCUCUCUGGUGCGUCUCCGCUGGGGCCCUCAGUGCUCGGGGCCUGGGGUGCACGGGUGCCGCCCUGGGCAGCUAAUAUGUCAGCCCGGUGCUGGGCCUGAUCGAGGGGCGGAGACACAGCGGCUUCCAGCAUCCAGUGACCUUGUCACCCAGCUCCAUACCUUCUCAUGGUGCUGGCUUUGGUGACAUCACCAGGUCUUUCCAGGUGCGGGGGCUUCUGUUCGACAGGCUACUGCCAGGGAGGACCUGGCGGCCUCCUUGUUCCCCUUUGCCAUUGGAAUGUCCCCUUGCAGUUUUUUUUUUUUUUUUUUUUUUGCUGUCCAGGCUGGAGUGCAGUGGCGCUAUCUUAGGUCACCGCAACCUCUGCUUCCCAGGUUCUAGUGAUUGUCCUGCCUCAGUCUCCUGAGUAACUGGGAUUACAGGCAUGCACCACCACGCCCGGCUACUUUUUUUGUAGUUUUAGUAGAGAAGGGAUUUCUCCAUGUUGGUCAGGCUGGUCUCAAACUCCUGACCUCAGGUCAUCCACCCGCCUUGGCCUCCCAAAGUGCUGGGAUUACAGGCAUGAGCCACUGCGCCUGGCCCCCUUGCAGAUCUCUUUGAUUUGGUUCUAUAGCAGGCUUCUGUGGCAGGACUGGCUUGGGGAGGAGGGAGCCAGCAGCACACUGGGGAGUGGGGUCCCAGCUGGGAGGCUUGGCCUCUGGGCGACUUCAUCCUGUUUUUUUUUUUGGUUUUUUUGUUUUGUUUUGUUUUGUUUUUUGUAAGGUAAAACUCCUGGGCAGCAGAUGUGCAAAGGGAGAAUGCCUGGGCCUGGUGACCCAGGGCUGGAGCUGUCCCAGUAGAACCCUGGGCCGGGAAGGUGUGUGCUGCUCCCUGGCCCCGGAGGGCUGCCCUGCAGCCGGGCCUGCGGAUAGGACAGCCGUGGGGCAGCUCAGUGCCCUCCCCUGAGGCUCACGGUGGCUCUGAGCACAAGCUCUGCCUAGUGGGCACUUGAGGGAGACCCAGCAGUGGAUAGCACGGUCCCCACACCCAGCUCCCUGCACACCCAGGCCAGCCACCCCUCCUGCUCGUGCACACGCACGCACAUGCUCUCACCCAUACACGCUCACACAUGCACGCCCACUCGCACAUGCUCACAUGCUCACAUGCACACGUUCACACAUGCACACACGCUCACACAUGCUCUCACCAUACACGUACAUACUCAAUGCACAUGUUCCCAUGCAUGUGUGUGUACUGGGACCGAGCAUCUCCCACGCACCUCUCCCCACCCCAUGCACCUCUCCCGCCCCACGCACCUCUCCCCGCCCCACGCACACACACACCCUGCACCAACCCCCCGACCAAAGCCCCAGCCUCUGGCCAUCGGUCCUGGUGCCAGAGCUCUGCGUGAAGUUUGGGCCGCAGAGUGGCCCGCUGGGACUUCCAUGUGCUGCCGUCUGAUGUGUUCAGAUGGGCUCACCGUUGGUUCGUUUUUACUGUAUAUUUAUAGUAAUAAAAUCAUGCAGCAA